AGCAAGGUACUUUGAACUGCAGACUUUCAACUAAAGUAACGGCAACAAUUUCAUAUUCUUGGAAGUCUACAAUGUCAGACAGAAACUUUAACAUGCCUUGUGAGGAUGAAGCUGAUGCCCCAUUAUUUUUGGCAAACAGAGGUCAGUCGUUGGGGACAAUGACUAGCUUCCGUCAAUGUCUGUCACCUGACUCUGCCACCUGUCAUUUUAACCUGAGGGUUAGAGGAGACUGCACUUCCCCUAAUAUUAACUCGCUGAGUACAGGUGAACCUAUCCUGCACCCAGACAAUACUACAAUAACUCUACCACAGGGAAAGCUCUUCACCAAUUUGGAGGAUACCUUUAUUGCCACACCGCACAAUAGCAGUAUCAACCUUUGGAAUGAUAGCAUGAGUUUGUUGAGCAGCCAAGAUUCUGAAGGAAACAAAACAUUUUAUAAGACUGCAUCAGAGGGAAACAGUAGUGCAGUGGCAUCUCUGGACUCAGUCGGGAUGAGUUUGUGUAGGAUGUCCCAUAGAGGGUCUGUGGAUCUUUCCUUUAGCUCUGCAGAGAUGGUGGUACGGAGCAACAGUUUUGUCUUGGAGCAGCAAGCAUCAGUGUUAUCUUCACUUGAGGGGUCCCCAGCUCCACCAGUCUCGAGCCACGAUGAAUCCAAGUCUCUAUUAACUCCUUUGAGUGAAACGGAUGGUGCAGGUGACCAGGCAAGAGACCGCUCCUCCCUUGGGAUGACAUUUGUACUGGGAGAUAAGGUUGAGCUCCCAAGUGAAGAGGAUGCAGGAAUUUGUAACUCUUUCUUAGCUUUACCAGGAGAGAAAGAUUGUCUUCGCACCACAUUUCUCUAUGAAAACUCAAUAUCAGAAUGUGCAAAUGACGGAUUUAUUUACUCUGAGGCUGACUUGGUAAAUGAAUCCAAGCCUCUUGCAACACAAGACCAAGCUAUGAUGUUUGAUACCCCAUUGUGUUCUGUGCAAGAUACUGAUAAAGACAUUCAUACUUCUACUCCUGUACAAAACCUGGGGAGCCCUAUAUCCAGUCUUCCUUCUUUUGCUGUGUCGCCCUGCCCAGAAUAUAGCGGAAGCCCUGCGCCUCGGCCUGUGUUAAGGAAGAAAAGCUCUGCCUCUCCCAAACAAUUUGAUAGAGGAACCCCAAAUUCAGUUGAUAAAGUCACUAAAAUGGAAGAUAACAAGUUUACAAAGUCAGACAUGAGCACUUUGAAAUGUAAAGUGAUGAGAAGGCCAGUAGGAUCGAGUCUUCUACUGGAUAAACCACCGCGAAUUAACUCUAAACAAGAAGAGAACAAAUCUAGGCCAACUCCUACCAGAAUUUAUAAUGGUACAACAACCCCAGUCUCUAAAACUGUUCUUAAUCCUCAAAGGAAACUACACGGUGCAAAUAAAGACACAAAAGUCUCAGAAAGAAAUUCUAUUGUUUCUGAAGAAUCCCAAGCAAAGAGUAAAACAGCCCAUGUAGUACUCAAUAUUCAUGCAAGUAAACAAGCUCCAUCAGGCCACUGUAGUCCAGGCUCCAAGCAAGGAGCCUCAGGCCAAACUAAUACUGAUCCAAAAAUGAAUAUUGCAAAUGCCACUUUCUGUUAUCCUGAGAAAUCUCUACAGAAAGCUGACAAAGCUGUGCCAAAACCAAGUACAAAGAAUGAUGUGAUCAACAAAAUCAAAAAGGUGAAAUCUGGCUCCGCUAUAUUCCAUGACAAGUCAACCCCCAGUACCCGAAGUACACGUCCACGCUCUAAUUCUGAAAGUGCAACUGUAUUGUCUAGGUUUUUCACAAUGGCAAAGCCUCAAAGAUUUUCAGACAGUUUUUCCCUCACCAAAUCAAAAACUGAAAACCUAAAGAGUCAGAACAAACCAGGCAAUCAGGAAAAUUCCUCUCAAAGAAAGCUUGGUAAUGCAAAGGAAGCUAUAGAAACAAACAGCCGAAAAGUGAAGAAAAUUGGGUUGGUGUCUCAUUCCAGUACAUUGUCUGUAGUGUCCUGUACAGAGAUAAAGACCAGAGUGCGUGGUCAGCCUUCCCCAAACCUAACAGGCAGAGCAUCGACCUCCAAAUCUCCAGCUGCCAGUCCCAUGACAACUGCUCCCAUGGGGACCACUCCUCUCAACAAGCAGCGAUCGGGAGCAUCAGGCAGAGAGGGCAGCAGGACCACCGCAGCUGUGGACACGCCACUGCUCAAGAGCAAAAUCACAAGUAAUAGGAAAACUCCCAGAGACACCACCCCAGCUGCUAAUAAAAUGCCGAGUUCAUCCCAGCAUCUUCAACCCGCCUCUCGCUCCUCUGUGAUGGCCCCCCCGCCCACACCUGUGUCCAAAUUUCAACAAUGCAGGAACUUUGGACCGUUCAAGAACCAACCGGGAAGCAACGAGUCCAGAGUUCACAGAGAGACCAGCGACAGCACUAAGACGACACAAGUCUCUGGAGCAUCAGAGAGGCAUUCCACCCCUUUCAAAGUUCCAAUCCUUAAAGCGAGACUCACUACCCCUCCAGCUAAGACCAGUGCUCCAGUGUUGACCACUCCAUGUAAGUCCACGGUUGCCACCAAAGGUCUGACAAACAAUCAUAUCAGCCCACAGAAGAGGACCACCACCACCACCACCAAACUCAUCAGACUAAAUGCCUCUGUGGACAAGAACAAGCCCAAAGUCGGAUCACGUCCCCAGCAGCAGGGUGAGAGGGGCUUGUCUAGACCCCAUCGGGAUGUGGGACCUUUGGGUGUCAGCGAGACUCGGAGGAACACAGAGAAGAUCCAGCACCUACAAGCCCAGCUCACCCAGAGUAACAACAGAUUUGAGGCUUUUACUGUUGUGCUGCAGCAGGCAUUGGCUCAGAGAGAUGAAGCUGUGCAGCAGAGCCAGGGGCUGUCCCAGGAGCUACUGGAGCUGAGAGGAGAGCUGGUGAGCACAGUGAACAGGUCUGAGUGCCUAGCUCAGGAGAAGGAGGCCCUCCAAGGGGUGCUGCAGCAGGCUCUGGAGCACGUGCAGGCUCAGCACCACAGAGACCUGCAGCAGCUGGAGCAGAGACUGAGACAAGCUCACGAAGAAGAGAGGAGAGCGAGCGAGCAGAAGAGCAGAGAGGAGAGAGAGAGGAGUGCAGAGACACUGCAGCUACAGUUGGAGGAGCUCAGAGCCACUCUCGAAGCUUUGAGCCUCGAUCUGGAGCAGAGCCACAGAGACCAGCUGCAGAGCGCGAGGCAGCAGCACCAAGUCUCUCUGGAUGAGCUCAGGACCAGCCACACUCAGGAGCUGCAGGCUCUCAACAAAACGUUAAAAGAUGCAGAGAUGGUUCUACAUGAGAAGAUCCGGGAGCUGACUCAGGAGAACAAGGCUCUGAUGGAGAAACUCGGAGAGGAAGAAAACAGUAGGAGGGAGAUGUUACAGAAGGACUCCCACACUUUAUAUCUGGAGCAGGAGCUGGAGAGCCUCAAAGUCGUGUUGGACAUAAAAAACCAACAACUGCACCAACAAGAGAAGAAACUCAUGGAAGUCGACAAACUGACAGAGAAAGGUUUGAAGCUGGAGGAGAGUCUAAGGAAAAUCCAACAGGAAAAUGAGGAUCUAAAGGCUCGAAUGGACAGACACGCCGCAUUAUCCAGGCAGUUAUCCACAGAACAGGCUCUGCUGCAGGAAUCUCUUCAAAAAGAGUCUAAAGUGAACAAGCGUCUGUCCAUGGAGAAUGAAGAGUUAAUGUGGAAACUGCACAACGGAGACCUGAGCAGCCCUCGAAAGUCCAGCCCCAACGCUCGCUCCCCCUCCCCCCACUACAACCUGCACUCUCCCCGCUCCCCCUCACCCCCACCCCAUUUCAAUCUGCAGUCCCCUCGCUCGACCUCACUCUUCUCUAGCCCACCUGUGUCACCCAGAUAACACAGGACCACCUGCUACCUGAACGGAGCACCUCAAUCAGACUGGUCAAGACCAAAGAGACCCCAGUCCCUACGGUGGUCUUUGAGGUUUCAAUGAACUAUAUAUAUAU